AUGGCCAUGAGAAAAGCCUGCAGACCCCCACUACCCCCCUUUGAUAAAGAGUGUGGUCCUGCCCUGUCCCAACGCAGUGUCAACUGCCCUAGCAUCAUAGGCUUUGCUCCAUUUUUCUGUGAAUGUUUGACUCAUCCCUAUGGGCGGCUUUGUUGGGGCCCAUACCAACCUUGUUUAGUCCCACAGUGUUUUGUCCGUCCCACGGAGGCUAAGAAGGCAGCGGACGAGUCCAAGAUGAGGUUUGCUCACAUUGACGGAGACCACUUGACGCUGCUCAACGUCUACCACGCCUUCAAACAAAACCAUGAAUCUAACCAGUGGUGUUAUGACAACUUUGUCAACUACCGCUCGCUGAUGUCUGCUGACAAUGUACGCCAGCAGCUGUCCCGGAUCAUGGACCGCUUCAGUCUGCCCCGGCGGAGCACAGAGUUCACCAGCAGAGAUUACUACAUCAACAUCCGACGAGCGCUCUGCACCGGCUUCUUCAUGCAGGUGGCUCAUCUGGAGCGCACGGGCCAUUACCUUACAGUGAAAGAUAACCAGAUGGUGCAGCUGCACCCAUCCACGGUCCUGGACCACAAGCCUGAAUGGGUGCUCUACAAUGAGUUUGUCCUCACCACCAAGAACUACAUCCGAACUUGCACAGAUAUCAAACCAGAGUUGGUGAAGAUUGCACCCCAGUACUAUGACAUGAGUAACUUUCCACAAUGUGAAGCUAAAAGACAGCUGGAGCGAAUUGUUGCCAAACUAGAGAGCAAAGAGUACUCUCAGUACUGA